GUAUAGAUUUAAGACAUAUUUGUUACGUCAUUAAUCACGUGGUAUUUCUCUCCGGUUACCCUCUCGCCAUCUUGGAGGUCACGGGAACGAACUAAAACAGCAAUGUUUAAAUCACUUGUUGAAGCGGCUAAAAACAGCCCUUUCUCAAGUCCAUUCCAAGCCCGAUGUGAAGCAAAGGUACCUGCUAAAAUCGAGGCUAGUGAUUCCUGUGAGUAUGGGUCUAUGAAAUUUUACAUGUUGUGUGGUUUUGGUGGUAUUCUAAGCUGUGGAAUCACUCACACUGCUGUUGUUCCCCUCGACCUGGUGAAAUGUAGGAUACAGACAAAUCCAGCAAAGUAUAAAAAUAUUAUUAAUGGGUUUAGUGUUACUUUCAAAGAAGAUGGCUUUAAAGGAUUUGGUAAAGGUUGGGCUCCAACUGCCAUUGGUUACUCCAUGCAAGGUCUGGGAAAGUUUGGAUUCUAUGAAGUAUUCAAAUACUUUUACAGUGGUAUUCUGGGUGAGGAACUUAGUUACACUUGGAGGACAUCACUAUACCUGGCUGCCAGUGCUUCUGCUGAAUUCUUUGCUGACAUUUUCCUUUGUCCCAUGGAAGCAGUGAAAGUUCGUAUUCAAACUCAGCCCAGUUCUCCACCAGUGCUGCGCAAGGCAGCUCCCCAAAUUUACAGAGAAGAAGGACUGUGGGGGUUCUACAAAGGAAUUUCUCCUCUCUGGAUGAGACAGAUUCCGUAUACAAUGAUGAAGUUUGCUUGCUUUGAGCGAACCGUGGAAGUCUUAUACAAAUACGUUGUUCCCAAACCAAGAGAUGCAUGUUCGAAGCCAGAACAGUUGAUAGUUACAUUUGCAGCUGGUUACAUUGCUGGUAUUUUCUGUGCUGUGGUUUCCCACCCAGCUGACACUAUUGUAUCUAAGCUGAACCAAGACACUGGUAGCACUGCUGUUCAAGCUGCAAAACAACUUGGAAUGAAAGGCCUCUGGAAGGGAUUACUCCCCCGUAUUAUCAUGAUUGGUACUCUGACGGCCCUUCAGUGGUUUAUUUAUGACGGUGUCAAGGUUUGGCUCCGACUUCCUCGCCCACCUCCACCUGAAAUGCCAGAGAGUUUGAAAUUGAAGCUGCUGGAGAAGCAGCAGUAAAGAGAAUGGGAGUAGGAUAUGUAAAUUUAUUCUACGUUAGUCUUUCUGCAAUUUUUCAACUUGAAAUUUAUUUACACAAGAUUCAUUUGGUUUGAAAUACGUAGAUUUUGGUUCAUAAAUUUUAAAACACCUGAUGAUGAAAGCCAUGAAUAUCCAGACAGUUUAUGUUACUGUAGCCGAUGGGUGUAGAUAUGUUGGAUAUGUCUUCUUUGUAAAGAAUGUAGAAAAUGUGCAGAGAAAAGUAGACUGAAUCAAUAAACAGUUCUGUUUUAAAACGUGUA